AUGUCGACUGGACCACUCGUGCCAUCCGAUCUGAACACAAUGGCCGCGUAUCCGCAAGAGAUCAAGGUAAUUUUAGAGCAUUUUAUUCGGAAAACCAAAAAUAAAUCAUUAACAGUUUCCUCUCCGGUAUGUGGACGAGCAAACGAAAGGCGCAAGAGAUGGAUUCGACAUUGACGAGAGCGGACUGUACAUGAUGUCGAUGGCCGCGGUGAGAUUUAUUACGAAAACAACCGAAAAAUGUACGAGUCGCACGCUUUUUGGCUGAAAAUCUUGAAGUGAUGUCUAAAAUCGCACUUGACGAAAUCUAAUCCAAGAGGAGACUCUUCUCAAUGUAAACUCUCUUUCAUUUCAAAAGAAAGUACGCAAAAUUCUCCUCAAAAUCACGAAACCAUGCCGAAACAGUGUCAGUCACACGGUUCGGGCAGUAGAAAUAGGAUUCAAAUUAUAGAGAAGAAGAUUCUCUUGGUGUUUUGGACCCGAAUUUUCGAGCAAGCAUGCGAAAUACGCCAGAACCUGCAAUUCGACGCGCUAAAUUUUACUCUCAUAUCUCAUUCCGCGACAAGUCAGCAGCCAUAAUAAGUGGCUGUUAGCUUUAAUCCAAAAUAAGUUGAUAAUUGAAGAGUUCCACGUUUCAAAUUUUUGAGUUUGAAGCAAAACAACUCGAGAAAAAGAAAAUGCCCCUACAUUUCCGAUAAAACUCUGGAUUUUUCACGAAAUGCCUUAACAAGAAAUUCUCACUCAAGUAAAUAUUUCCAGGAAAAGUUCACGCAGCGACUCUUGAGAGAGGCCUCCGACAAUGGGAAGAAGGAAGUCGACUACGACUCUAUCGCGGAGUUCAUUCAGAAUUCCGAGUUCGACGCAAUCAAAGGUACGUUCUGAUAACUUUUCUUUUCUGAAUAAAGCAAAUACUUUCAGAUUUCUUCCCAUGCAUGACGACUUUUGGAGAAGUGGAAAUGUUCCUCCCGAAAAAGGACAAGGCUCCGACCGCAACAUCAUCCACGCUUUCCUCUUUAGCUAAACCCGGUGCGGCUCCGGCAGCCGCAGCUCCAUCGACUUCUGCUCCACUGUCCGGAAGUCCAGCUCCAAGUUCCUCGGCACAUUGA